AAUGUGACAAUGAAGGCUAUGAAGGAACAGAAUUAAAAGAUAAAUUAGAUGUAGAGAUACUUUUGUGGUUAUUUAAGUUUCAACAAAGGUACCAGAUACCUGAUAUAGCUCUGGAGGCCUUGAUUAAGUUUUUAAACAAUAUGCUUAUGAUGAUCGAUGAUUCUAAGUUUUGUGAAUUUCCUACUUCUUUAUUUAUAGUAAAAAAGAAGUUAGGAAUUUUUCAACCAAAAUUAAGGAUGGCA